UUUAUUUAAAAUGUGUUUUAUUUUGAAAUCAAUAUUUAAACAAAUGUUUUUCAUUAAACUCAACAUUUUGACAUGCAACAGGACAAUCUACCUACUUUGCUGCCGUUCAGAAAUCUGAUGGUGAUAAAAUGGGAAAUUCACAACGUCAUACGAAACGGUCUCUUGUUGAUUGGCGCGAAGAUUACAUAUUGGAAAAUGCAAAAGUUGUAUACGAAAACAAGGAACUGGGAGUGCUCAAAGAGGGUGUUUGCUUCAAUGUAACCGGCCAUAUUUUGUUAACCUGCGAACGCUUCUCCAUCAAUUUUUUAGUGGACAAUGAGGCGGCUGAUAUCGCGCUUUCUCUGAAUGUGCGACUGCCGCAUAAUUUUAUCGUGCGCAACAGUAGAGUAAAAAAUCGUUGGCUUGCCGAACAGAGUGCGUCAUCAUUGCCUUUCUCACUGCGUCGUGGCCAAGAUUUCAUUAUACAAGUUCUCAUAACAGAGAGCGCAUUUCUAAUCUCUGUGAAUGGGCUCCACUACGCCGUAUAUUUGCAUUGUAUGCCAUACACUUUGAUCACCUCCUUGGCUGUGAAGGGCGACGUGAAAGAUGUAAAAAUGAACCAUGCGCUGGUCUCGUUCUAUCCCGACCGAUUUGGGGUGAUAAACACUGUGACAAUAAUCCAUAAAAGAGGUGGUAGUCCAAAAAAAUUAGCAAAGUCAAUAUACGAGGAGGAAACAGCAAAAAAGCUCAGAUGGAGUCCCAGUAUUGCACUUAGAGCGGUUAAGUGGCAACACGAAGUAUCGCCACCGUAUGUGGCUAGACUGCCCAAGAAUAUCAUGAGCCAAGGUAGGUUUCUUAAGAUCGAGGGACGUGUCAAAUUGUUGCCCACAUCGUUCUAUAUAAGCUUGCAAAAGAGUGUCUAUUUUUGGCCACAUCCAAUCGUAGCCUUCCAUCUUGGCGCGCGCUUCUCUAACAAAGCUCAGUACAUAUCAAAGGCUACAAUUAUGCGCCGUGCGUGGUACGAUGGUAAAUGGUCGCCAAAAGAAUGCACAGAUAUUGAUACGGAAUUUCUGCCUGGUAAAAUUUUUCGUCUGGCUAUUAUUUGUGAGGAAGAUGCGUACGAGGUGUACUUAAAUGGCAAGUAUCUGCUUGAGUUCAAGUACCACAUGACACCCGAGGUGGUGGACACUUUGUACAUACGUGGUGAUAUCAAAUUACUGUUCGUGUCACUACACAGAAUUUCUGAAGACGAGGCCAGCAUCUUGGAAUACUUUACUGGCAAGCGAGAAAGUUUCGUGCAACGCCGCUUUUCAAAUGGCGAUAAUUCUGAUUCGACGGCGACAAAUAGUUACAUGAGUUUUGAGUAGAUUGCACUUUUAUGAAAUGAAAAAAUGUAUUUCAGUCCUAAGUAAGAAUU